UUCAAUAUCUACGUAUGUCUAUACAAUCUUUUGAUAUAUUGCUUGAAAAAGUUCGUCCUAAAUUAACAAAACAAAGGAAAACAAUUCAUGCAGAGCUGAGGCUUGUUUUGACCUUGAGGUUUUUAGCUACAGGACAUUCGUUUCGCGAUUUAGCUUUUGCUUUUCGCAUGGGCAGAAGCACAGUCAGAUUAAUUAUUUCAGAAACAUGCGAAAUAAUAUGGAAAGAACUUUUGGAGGAGUAUAUGCCUAUACCAACAACAGACCGCCUUAAAACUAUCAUAAAUGAUUACUAUAGGCGUUGGAAAUUUCCGAACUGUUUUGGCAGUAUUGAUGGCAAACAUUGUCAAAUUAAGUGUCCGGCAAAUUCUGGGUCCCAUUAUUUUAAUUAUUUGCACUACUUUUCCGUAGUACUGCAAGGUGUAGCAGAUGCUGACAAAAAAUUUGUAACUAUAGAAGUGGGAGGAAGAGAAAAGCAAAGUGAUGGCGGUACUUUUUCUGGAUCAACAUUAUUUCGAUUGCUUGAAGCGGAUAAAUUGAAUGUUCCUCUUCCCCAAGCAUUGCCAAACUCAAAUACUAUUUUACCUAAUUUUCUGAUUGGUGAUAAAGCUUAUCCACUGAAAACAUAUUUGUUAAGAACUUUUCCACGUAGGAAUUUAAAUGCGAAAACAGAAAAUUUUAAUUAUCGACUUUCAAUAGCAAGAAAAUGCAUUGAAUGCGCAUUUGGAAUAUUAAGCAGUAAAUGGCGGUUUUUGCAAAAAGCCAUUGAAACAACACCAAGAAUAGCUAUUAUUUUAAUUAAAUGUGCUUGUGUACUGCACAAUUUUGUGGGGGAGCGCGAUGGCGAUAGUGAUCUUGAUUACUUACAAACAACAACAACUAUAAACACUAUAUAAACUAUAACGCUCAAACAAAUACAGUUGAUCGAGAACAACAGCAAAACUUCAACAGAAGCAGCCAAACAGCAUUAAAUAUACGUAAUGAAUUAACAGAAUACUUGUGGCAGUUUGGACAUUAAAUUCCACUUAAAAUUUUAAUUUUAUCAUGUUAAUAUGUUAACAACCAAUUUUUUUAUGAAUAAAAAAACACUCACCAGAACAACCACA